AUGGAGGGAUGGGGAGAAGGAGAGAGUAACUUCAGGCGGGACGUGAGGGAGCGGUUCUGUUUUCUGGUGAGAGCAGAGGGCGACUGCGUCGCCAGCGCUGCGACGGGCUUCCCACCACUGCACCGCACACAGGAGUUGCUUGAUAAGUAUCAGAAACUUGCCUUAGCACUCACAAGAUAUGAUAUUAUUGCAUGA